GUUUUUGACCAAACGGAAAACAGCAACAAUUGGCGCAGCAUUUACGAGAAAGUAUUUACCGGUGAGGAAAUUUCAUUUGUACGCAAGCGAGACGGCCGCGUUUAUACCGUUCAAAUUAACCCGCUAUACGAUGCCGAUGCCCGAGUAAUUGGUGCUGCAGGCUUUACCUGGGACAUUACCGAUGAAGCCAAGGCCCAGGAGCAGAUUAGCCUGGCCUCCCAUCGGCUUAAAGCCGCCCUGGAAAACGCACACCAAGGCCUGUGGGACUGGAAUUUUGACACCGAUGAAUUGUACCUGGACGAGACCUUUGCCCGGCUGCACGAUUUUCACAUAGGCGAUUUGGGCAACAAUUUUGACUUUUGGCAAAAACACAUUUCUGAUGAGCACCUCCAGCGUUUUAAAAACUAUAUAGCCGAUGCCAAAAACCCCAACACGGCACCCGCGGCCAGCUUUGAUUACCAGGGAAUAAAGAAAGACGGCAGCAAAGUUUGGUUUAAGCUGGCCGGCAGUGUUAUAAAGUACGAUGAUUCAGGCCGGGCCUUGCGCAUGAUUGGCACCAUUACCGAUGUAACCGACAGAAAAGAGGAUGAAUUGCGCUUGCGCAAACUGUAUGAAUCUGAACAGGAGCUGAACGAAGAGCUGCGUGAACGCGAGCAGCAACUUACACAGAGCCAGAACGAAAUAAACAGAAAACUUCAAGAAAUACGGGAGGUACAAGAGGAAGUAAAAGCCAGUGAGCACCGCAUGAGGCGGGUAAUUCAAAACCUACCCGUAGGCGCCAUUUUACUGCAAAACGAUGAGUUUUUAUUAAACAAUAAAGCGGUUGAAAUAACCGGCUAUUCCGCCCACGAAUUAUCAAACCCCGAUGAAUACUUCCGCAAACUUUACCCGGGAAGCCAUAAAGAAGUAGCCGAGCAAUAUAGGGAGGUUCUUUCUUCGGGGAACAUCAGCAACUUUGUGUUCUACCUCUACACCAAGUCGGGUGAAAAGCGCUACAUAGAAUUUGGUGGGUAUAACUUUGGUGAUGGCGUGGUGUGGACCCUGCAAGAUAUUACCGAAAAGCGCAGGGCUGAGCAGUCUUUGAUUAGAAAUGAAAAAGCCAUUCGCGAUUUGUAUAAAAUUAGCGCCAAUCGCGAAUUAGACUUUGAUAAGAAAGUUCAGCUUUUCUUAGAGUUGGGCACCGAGCGCUUUAAAAUGCCCAACGGUAUUUUAUCUAAAAUACAUGCUGGCCAGGAACAGUUUGAAAUUGAGGCCAUUUACAGCAAAGAGUUUGAAAACCUAGAGGGUGAAAGGUUCAGCCUGCAAAACACCGUUGUGGAAAGAAUAUUUAACAGCCACAAUACCAUGGCCUUUGCAUCGCGCAAAGAGGCACCUGCCAUGCGCGAACGUGAAAGAGGCGAGUACGCCAUUCACAGUUACAUAGGCGCUCCCGUGCUGGUAAACGGUGAAAUUUACGGGGUGCUGAGUUUUAGCAGUCAGAAGGAUAAAAAAGGCGGAUUUUCCAGCAAUGACGAAGAUUUGCUGCUGCUUAUGGCCAGGUGGCUGGGCAGUGAAAUUGAAGCCCUGCAUUGGCAAAAUUCACUGGUGGAAGCUAAAAAUGAUGCGGAACAAGCCGCACGGGCCAAGUCAGACUUCCUGGCAACCAUGAGCCACGAGAUAAGAACCCCUAUGAACGGGGUAAUAGGCAUGACCAGCCUGCUGUUGCAGACCCAACUGAACAGUGAGCAACUGGAUUACGUGAACACCAUUCGCCUUAGUGGCGACACCUUGCUGUCGGUUAUAAACGACAUACUGGACUUCAGCAAAAUUGAAGCCGGUAAUAUGAGCUUAGAAGAAUAUCCCUUUGAGCUGAAGCAAUGCAUUGAAGAGGCCGUUGAGCUCUUAAGCAGUAAAGUGAGCCAGAAAAGGCUGGAGCUCACUUAUUUUGUUGACCCUGAAAUUCCUGCCUUCGUACGCAGUGACAUUACCCGCCUGCGCCAGGUAUUGCUAAACCUGCUCAAUAAUGCUGUGAAGUUUACCGAUGAGGGGGAAAUUGAAAUCCGGGCCGAUUUAGAAGAGCGCAAAGGCGAGCGGGUUAAAAUUCACUUCACCGUUAGAGAUACCGGUAUAGGCAUAUCAAAAGAGCAGCAAAAAAAGUUGUUCCAGGCCUUUAGUCAAGCCGACUCUUCCACCACUCGCAAAUUUGGUGGCACCGGCUUGGGCCUCGCCAUCAGCAAGAAGCUGGUAGAAAUGAUGGGGGGUAAGAUUUGGGUUGAAAGUGAGAAAAAUAUAGGUUCAGAAUUUCAGUUUACCAUUGCCACCGAAGCCGUUCAGAAAAAGCAAAGCCUGGAAAAACGCGAAAUACUGGAAAAAUUACAAGGCUUGCGCGUACUGGUGGUUGACGACAAUAGCACCAAUCAAAAAGUACUGGACAAGCAACUAAAAAUUUGGGGCAUGGAGCCCACGGCCGCCAUGAACUCAAAAGCCGGCCUGGAAAAGGCCUUGAGCGGCAAGUACGAUUUGGUUAUUAUGGACCUGGAAAUGCCGGGCAUGGACGGGCUGGAAACCACAAGAAAGCUGCGGGAGGUAAAAUCAAAGGAUGAACUGCCCGUUAUAUUCCUCACUUCUGCCAACCCUGAGCUUUCUGAAAGCGACACCAAAGAACUCUUUAACGACAGCUUUCUCAAACCCAUUAAACACAGUAUUUUGCUGGGCAGUAUUACCCAGCACGCGGUGGGCAUCAAGCGAAGGAGCAGUCCAGCCAAGAAUAAAGAAGAGUUUAAAGACCUCAGUCAGCAAUAUCCCUUAAACAUACUUUUGGCCGAAGACAAUGCCGUGAAUCAAAAACUGGCCUUGCUCACCUUGAAAAAAAUGGGCUACACAGCCGAUGCCGUGGCCAAUGGCCUGGAAGCAAUACAGGCACUGGAAAGACAACCCUACGAUCUGGUUUUCAUGGACAUUCAAAUGCCAGAAAUGGAUGGCGUGGAAGCUACCGAACAAAUACACGCCAAGUACGGUGAAAACCGUCCGGCCAUAAUUGCGAUGACCGCUCACGCCAUGCAGGGCGACCGAGAGAAAUACCUCGCCAAAGGCAUGGACGAUUACAUCAGCAAGCCCAUCAACAUGAAGGUGAUUGAAAAAGUACUAAAAGAGGUUUACGAAAAGCAAAACCUGGUGGAAUGA